GCUAUAAAGAUAGUAUAUUUUCACAAAGUUUAUUGAGCAACACUAAAUGCGACUCUGUGUAUAACAGCUGGCAUUGCAUAUUCUGCAUUGAUAAUUUUCAGAAAAACUAGUGAAAACAUUAAGCUCAUCUAUAAAUAUACAUCUAUUACUUGUUGUACAUAAUAAUAAAAUUUUUCAAAUAUCAUAAUUAUAAAAUUUGAAAGAAGAAAAUUUGAUUGUGUUGUCAUAAAAUGUCCCUUAAUUCGGGCUGCACUGAAAAUGAGCGUAAUAAGAUACCAAGGAUCAUGACGUUCCGUCCCAGCUACGAGGAAUUCAAGAAUUUCUCAAGUUAUGUCGAAUACAUGGAAAGUCGUGGUGCAAACUUAGCCGGACUAGCAAAGAUUAUACCACCACCAGAAUGGGUGCCACGGAAAUCCGGUUAUAAUAUAGACAAUAUAAAUAUGACAAUACCCGCACCAAUUUGUCAAGUAGUAUCAGGUAAACAAGGUGAAUAUCAGCAAAUCAAUGUGCAGAAACGUUCUAUGACUUUGCGACAAUUUAAAGAAAUGGCUGAGUCGGAACGUUAUCAAACGCCACGACAUUUUGACUACGAUGAUUUGGAACGAAAAUAUUGGAAAAAUGUAACAUAUAUAGCACCAUUUUAUGCGGCUGAUGUAAAAGGUUCCUUAAGUGAUCCGGAUUUGCGAAUUUGGAAUAUAAAUUGUUUAGACACAAUACUGAAUUACGUGAACAAGGAUUACGGUAUUGAAAUUGACGGCGUAAAUACGGCUUAUCUGUAUUUUGGUAUGUGGAAGAGCUCUUUUGCUUGGCAUACAGAAGAUAUGGAUUUAUAUUCAAUAAACUACCUCCAUUUUGGUGCACCAAAGACUUGGUAUGCAAUACCACCCGCAUAUGGUCGGAGAUUAGAAAAGUUGGCGAAUAGACUUUUCUAUGAAAACUAUCAAAAUUGUAACGCAUUUCUGCGUCACAAAAUGACACUGAUAAGCCCACAAGUAUUGCGACAGAAUAAAAUACCGUUCAAUAAAGUAACACAAGAAGCUGGAGAAAUUAUGAUAACAUUUCCUUUUGGCUACCAUGCUGGUUUCAAUCAUGGUUUUAAUGGCGCAGAGUCAACUAAUUUCGGUUCUAAGCGAUGGAUUGAGUAUGGCAAGCGUGCCAGCAUUUGUAAUUGUCGGAAGGAUAUGGUGAAAAUAUCAAUGGAAACAUUUGUGCAGCGAUUCCAGCCAGAACGUUACGAAAACUGGCUAAAAGGUAUCGACUAUGGUUGUCAUCCAGAAGAACCUGGAAAAAUUUGCGCUGCACCACCACCCACAAUCAAUAAAUAUUAUUAUUCUAAGAGAAGACAGUCUGAAUCAAUGGAGUCGGUGGCGUCACAAAGUUCAACGUCAAAAGCUAAGGAUUCCAAACAAAAGCGUGGUUGCACCUCACUUGCUGUGCCAGAAGACCCCGCCACCAAUGCGUGUUUUGCCAAAGUGCCGAAAAUUAUAUUAACGAAAAUAGAUAGUGCUAGCAGCAAAAAUCUAGAUUUUAAUGCCAUAGCAGUGGUGCGCCUCAAAAAACUUUGGAAUGACAUACCAUGUGAAAAGGAAGGUAAGAAUCUGCUAACCAAUGGCAUAAUCAAAAAUACCAAAAGGAUGCGUUUUCAAACGAAAACUAUAAAGCUAGAUGAUGAGGACUAGUCUCAAGUUAGAUUUUUAUUUUAUUUAACAUUACUUUGAUUAUUUAUUUUUUUAUACCUAUAUGCAUAAGGAAUGAUUUGCUAUGACAUUCGACUGACGUCACCUCGAUUGGAUUAGUAAAAAUGACAGCAGUUUUAACAAAGCCGCAUCUGUAACGGUGAAAAAUGCUGUAAAUACUACAAAAGCCUUUACAUUAAUCGAGCUCCUUCAUAUAAUAUUAAUAUAUUUUGUGUUUGUUUGUAAUGCUAUAUGAAACUGCUGACAUUUAUCCAUAAUGGUUAGAGAUUUGUAGCACUAAAAUUAACACUAAUUAAUUUUACGUUUAUAUGUAAUUGUCAAUUUUCUUUUAUUUUAUUCCAUUUGUUAAACAAAUCUGCAAUUGCGGGCAAAAUAUAAUUUAUUUUUAAAAGGAUGUUCACAUAGUCUAGUCUUGGCAUUACUUUUCGCAAUCGAUGGCCAUACAAAAUUUUCCAUUUUGAGCAAUAUUUUAUAUUUUCUAAUAUUAAAUAACAUACACUUUUUUGAUUUUUUGGACUCUGUGAAUUUUGUACGAGUUAUUGUUUAAAAGUUGUAUUUAGAUUUAAUAAAAAUAUAUAUGUUUUAACAAAUGUAUAUUUAAAUUUAAGACUUUCAAGCAGGAAUCACAUGAUGUGACAAAACAAAACAAAAAAAAUCAGUUCCAGAUGUGAACAUUAGUAUUAUGUACAUACAGUGCGUCUAAAUGUGUGUGUAUAUAACGACUAUGUUUAAAAUUUAUGUAAUGUUACUUAAUUCUUGUGACCAUUUGUUUAUUUAAUGAAAGCCAAAACAAAUUAUAUUUCUUAUCAUUUAAAAUUCUUACCUAGCUUAGAACGACUAUUUGGUCAAACAAAAUCAUAUAUUAUUAAGGGUCCUUCUCAAAUCAUUAAUUGAUUGAGUAAAACAUACAAACACCAA